AUGGCUAAGAAGGCGCGUCAAAGGAUCAGCUACGUUCUCGAAAAUGCCAAGUCCUCGACUGGCGGACAUCGCCUUGGUGUCAAUGGCCUCGCCGUCGAUCCGGACAACGCCAUCCUCUAUUCCGGCGGUCGAGAUGGCAUGAUUUGCGCCUGGGAUCUGAACCUUGACCUGCAUCGCCGAGCCGACGUCACCGACGACGCAUCCGCGAAGCCACCCAAAUCGACCACCACAUUCCGAGCGCAGACGCAGGCGCAUAUGCACUGGAUCAACGACAUCACUCUGGCGCAGCAGAACACCGCAUUAGUCUCGGCAUCUUCCGACCUCACCGUCAAAGUCUGGCGGCCACACUCUCAGGAAGGCGGCAACCGCGCCCUCAAGAUUGGAGAGCAUGCCGACUAUAUCAAAUGCGUCGCAACGCCCCCGAGAGAUGUCAAUGCCAACUGGGUUGCCUCGGCCGGCCUCGACCGCAAGAUUUGUCUCUGGGAUCUCAACGGCGGGGGCCAGACACUCGAGGUUACAAAGGGCGAAGAGACUACGGAGAAGGGAUCCGUCUACGCUCUCGCAGUGGGCCGCAACCUCAUUGCCAGUGGCGGACCCGAGAAGACGGUCAAACUCUAUGAUCCACGCUCCGGCUCCAAGGUUUCCAACCUCGUCGGCCACGUAGACAAUAUCCGCGCCAUCCUGAUUGAUGAUGUGGGUGACACCAUCUUGAGCGCCAGUGCCGACAAGACGAUCAAGAUGUGGAGCGUCAGGGGUGGUCGUUGCGUGUAUACAUUUACCAUGCACGACGAGAGCAUCUGGUCGCUGUAUUCAGACGACCCCCGCCUCGGUACCUUUUACAGCAGCGACAGAUCGGGCCUCGUUGCCAAGACCGACGUACGAGGCAGCUUAGAGGAUAUUGAUGACGGACUAAGUCUCGCUAUUGCAAAAGAACAUUUUGGCGUCUCCAAGGUUGUGGCUACGGGCGGUCACAUCUGGACCGCUACCGACCGAUCAUCAAUCAACCGCUGGAAAGACGUGGACACGAGCGCAGACCUGCCACUCCCCGAGUCGUACCGGCGUCAGCGCGCAUUGUCAGCGGCAUCAAACAAAACACGGCAAUCGGCAGCAGCGUCAAUAGCAGCAGUAACAGCAUCUCAACCGCAAACAAACGGAGAAGCCAAAAAAGAAAUUCCUGCCGAGUCAAUCUUACGAGUAUCCAAUACAGCCACUUUCCCAUUGCGCGCGCCCUUGGACUCAGAACCGAAUCCUGUCAACGAUGGUUUGUCAAGAAAAGGAUCAGAAGUUGCUGUGGAGCAGCCAGAGCCGGAAAUCAAACCCAUCUAUAAUUUGCCUAUAGAAACGAUUGAAGGCCAAUUUGGUCUUGUGAAGCACAAGCUACUCAACGAUAGAAGAAGAGUCUUGACUUCAGAUACCGCCGGCGACAUAUUGCUAUGGGAUCUAAUCAAGUGUAAACCAGUCCAGAGCUUUGGAAAAAAGCAUCUGGAAGACGUUGAGAGACAGAUCAACACGAGAGAAGCGGUUGCGCCGUGGUGCUCGGUUGACUUGAGCUCCGGCAACCUCACAGUUGUGCUGGAGCCGUUCAACUGCUUCGAUGCCGAGGUAUACGCCGAUGAGCUGGAACUGGAUGAGCCCAUUGAAUUUAGGGAUGACCAAAGAGUCAGCCUAGGAAAAUGGAUUCUGCGGUAUCUAUUCGCCAAUCUCAUCGAUGAAGAGAUUCGACGUGACGAACUACAUCGGCAAAAGCUGAAUGAAGGCGUGGAGAAGAGACAAUCUACCACCCGCGCCGAUGCGCCAUCAUCAAUCAUUAUACCCUCGCCUGGUCUGUCCAUGAGAGAUUCAUCAGAUCAACUCCUAACUCCUCGCGCCAGUCUUCCCCAUCUUAGCGUGACCACUCCUGGGCUCGCUAUCGGACUGGCGUCUCCUGGUGCUGUCAUGACUCUUCAGGGUGUGCCAGAAGAGGCUGUAGCAAGCCCCCUAGAGAAGGCAGGGUCUCGUCCAUCUGCCGAAAACGACUACUUUACUGCGGGUAUUACGCCAGCUGGCGGUGCAGCAGCAGCCCCUGCGGCCACGGCAGAGACAUCCGAGCCAAAGACAUCCACGGAUAACGGCAACGAAAAAGGAAAGGAAAAGGACAAGGCCGAAAGUAGCAAAUCUCCAUUCAGCAGAAAAUUCCGCAUGUCCUUCAGCUCUAGAAAGCUUGGCCGCUCGGGGUCCCAGGCGACACAGGAAAAGCCGGCCGUCGUCGAUGACAAGGCUGAAGAAUCCGAGUCUUCAUCCAACCAUGAAAAGGAGGUCGAUGAUAGCUUCUUUGGAGUUAUCCAGAAGAUUCGAAACGAGUACGAUAAGCAGGCUGCCGAAUCACCCGAUAAGCUGGUCGAAACUCGAGUAACGCCGAGCCUACCAUCCGAUACUCCCGUUUUGAAACUGCCCCCUGGAACCAAGGUCAUUAUCCAAGAAGAGACAUCGGGUGGCAGUGCAAACUUGUAUCAAGGAACUGUGGAGCACGUCGGCCGGGAUGCCGACAUCAUCGAGCAGAAGGCGCCCAUGUGGCUCGGCGACGUGCUGCUGCUGAACCAGAUUCCGAUGAAGGACCCUGUCAAGAUAUCGUUUAUUCUGAAUCCCACGGACAAUCUGCCUCCGAUUGCCACGGAUGGAAACAGCCGACUGAAUGCCAACCGCAUGCUGCGGGUGAAGAAGAUACUGGCUUACAUAUCCGAGAGGAUUGAGCCCGAGCAAGAGGAGGACCCUAAUGCGCUCAAGCCAGAGGAGUAUCUUGAGCUCUACUGUAAUGACCAGCUCCUUCAUCCAACAAUGAACCUUGCCACGCUCCGAACCCACGUCUGGAAGGGCGGAAGCGACAUCAUGCUCUACUACAAAGCCAACGGCCGUAAGGAAAUCCUGCCAUUACGGACUAGCUCCGAUGCAGUGCCUGUAGAGGCAGCUCCCGUGCAAGCCAUGGUAGAGCCGACUGAGGCUCCCAAUGGCGUAUAG